AUGGAUCCGAUUCAGGAAGCGAUUGAAGAAAUCGAAUCGCGCAACCCAGGAGAUGAAUUCUCGUACCAACAAAUCGCGAAAAAGUACAACAUCAACCGUUGUACGCUCGCCCGAAGGCACAAGGGUCUGCAAGAGGCAUAUGGCGUACGCCGGCUCUCCCUUCAUCCACAACACGAAAAAGAGCUUGUACAAUACGUCGAUACGCUUACCGAACGACGUUUGCCACCUUCAAGGGAGAUGAUACAACGCUUUGCUUCAAGUUUGGCUGGAAAAGAGGUUUCUGAAACCUGGGUUACCCGGUUUCUCCACCGUCAUCCCGACUCCCUCAUCUCCGCGUACAGCAAGGGAUUGAACAAACUUCGUUGCAACGCCGAUUCAGGAGCCAAG